AUGAACGGAGAACACUUGAUAACAAACGGCUAUGCCACUGCUGGUCGGUCGAUGACUCCUGGCAGACGCUUGCGGCAACUCUUGGAGAGGAAUGAGAUCCUUAUUGCCCCUGGCGUGUACGAUGGAUUCAGCGCACGCAUCGCGCUAGAGGUCGGCUUCGAUGCUCUGUACAUGACUGGCGCUGGAACAUGUGCGUCGAAGCUCGGCCAGCCAGAUCUAGGUUUUGCAUCGCUCAAUGACAUGAGAGAACAUGCAGAAAUGAUUGCCAGCCUCAACCCCGAGGUGCCGCUCAUUGCAGAUGCGGACACCGGUUACGGUGGCCCAAAUAUGGUCGCGAGGACUGUCGCCGCGUAUGAUCGCGCAGGAGUUGCAGGCUUCCAUAUCGAAGACCAGAUCCAGACCAAGCGCUGUGGGCACUUGGGUGGCAAGGAGGUGGUAAGCAUUGACGCAUUCGAACAGCGUGUUCGAGCUGCAUCACAGGCGAGGGACAGGCUACACAGCGAUAUCGUUAUCAUCGCAAGAACGGAUGCACUCCAAACCAACGACUUUGACGAGGCUAUAAGCCGGCUGAAGACGGCCAUAGCAGCCGGCGCUGACGUUGCUUUUCUUGAAGGCGUGACCACUGCUGAAGAGGCACGGCGCACGUGUGAGUUGCUUUCCCCAACGCCCGUCCUUCUGAACAUGGUUGAACAUGGUGCUACGCCGUCUUUUACGCCACAAGAGGCGCAUGACCUUGGCUUCCAGCUCAUGAUCUUCCCAUUCUCCGCGAUCGCUCCCGCCUACUACGCCAUCCGAGAAGCCCUGCAAGGGUUGAAAGCAACCGGCAAGACCGGGAUCGCGCAAGACUUCACUCCUAAGAAGCUCUUCGAGACAGUCGGUCUGAAGCAAGCGAUGGGGAUCGACGUUGCUGCCGGAGGUCAGAUGUACUCGAAAGUAUAG